CUUGAAGUUGUUUAAUGUAUAACUACGAAGCAAAUCGUAAUAUGAGACAUUUUCUCUCUCGACAAAACAUAUUUUGGAAUACUUAAAUGCAAUAUCGUUAUAAGUAAUUGUGCAAAAAAUAAAUAUAAACAUUACAAAAGAUUGAAUUGUGCAAUGAGAUUUGAAGGAGGGCAGCCUGUCAUGGACGUUCGCACGAACAGCUUUGAGCAUCAGGCAUACAUGGAGCAGCGGCUACACCAGAGCAACACCUCACCAACUGCAGGUAGUGACCCGCCGAUGAAAAACAUUGACCAUGGAAUAUCCGUAGAUUUGACGGUUUCUAAAAACAAUACUUGCAUUACGGAGUCUCGAAAUCAUGUGGCAAGCGCAUUUAGUAAAGAAAUUUCCAGUGUUCAAACACCGGCUGGUUUUAACGUGACAACCCCGUAUUUAUUUCAAAGAACGGACACCAAAGAGAACUCAACUGAAAAUUUGGAUCGUUAUCCUGCGCGUUCCUCAACCCCAGUGGAAAGUUUCGACAGUGAUCACGAGGAGCUGGAUCCCGUGGGGGACGGACAGGGCUCGCUCGGAUCCCCCGCGCAGUCGCCUAUUGCGUCGCCGGCAUCUCCAGGAUCCGACAUUGACGUGUCGGCAGAGUGUGGUGAGUUUCACGACGAUUCAAUGGAGGAUGGUCUUUCUAUGAGCGAGGCGAACAUGAUCAUGUCGAAUGCCUCUGGGACAAAUAACAAGAAAAAUGGCAAAGCAAAUCUAGUUAAACCGCCAUAUUCUUAUAUAGCGCUUAUAACAAUGUCAAUUUUGCAGUCGGACCAAAAGAAAUUGACAUUGUCGGGAAUUUGUGAAUUCAUUAUGAACCGGUUCCCGUACUACCACGACAAGUUUCCUGCCUGGCAGAACAGUAUCCGUCAUAAUCUUUCUCUAAAUGACUGUUUUAUCAAAAUACCCCGUGAGCCGGGAAACCCGGGCAAAGGCAACUACUGGACUCUGGAUCCUGCCAGCGAAGAUAUGUUCGACAACGGGAGCUUCUUACGCCGACGGAAACGCUACAAGCGUCAGCAACUGGAGCAAAUGAUGGCACAAUCCUCUGGCUACAUGAGUGGCUCGCAGUCGUUUUUCCACCAUCACGGUUUCAUGCCCCAGAGUUCACAUUCCAGCGGCAUGAGCGUUGGCGGGUUUCCCUACCCGUACAUGUCGGGAUCAUUGGCGUCACAUCUACCAUAUGUCACACAGAACGAGCUUGCACGUGCUCAGAGCGAAAUGGCGCGUGCUCAAGUCGGACACCACCCCGCCUACCUGUCACCUCCAAUCAGCCAUUCGCUCUCAACGUCGCCUGUUCAUCCACUGACGCCAUCUCCCGUUGCAAAGUCACCAGUGGCGUCACCGACGUCAACAUCAUCAACGUCCUCAUCUACGCCAAAGGCAUUCUCUAUUGACAGUAUUAUCGGCAAUAAACGUGACACUUCAGGAAAGAAGUCGCCACAGUCUAGUCCACCACCACCGGCGUCGAUAACGUCAUCGGCACCAUCAGCUAUCUUGCCGUUCAAAACAAACAUUCCUACGGUAGCUGGAUUGAACGGCAUAAACCCCCUGGCGGCGUCACUCCGCGCAGGGGCCAUUGACAUUGGGCGCUUUGGAAACGGAAGUGCUUACUUGGCUCCCUAUAUGAAUCAGGCGGCCGCAGCGGCCGCAAUGAAUGCUCUUGACAUUGAAAAAUACCGCCAGUACCUACAAAUGUACGGUCUGCAAGGUUUGCAUGCCUGGCAGAGGUGAGAUCGCAUCAUAGGGCAGUGGUAGGCUAUAUUUCGUUUCAAAACAUUAAAAUGUAGUACUGUGUAUUUUGAAGAGCUAUUGAAGCUUAUAUAGCUUUUACUGAAAAAAACUUAUUACAUUUAUCUUUCUUUAAAAAAGCGCCCUAAUUCUGAUUUACAUUUAUUACACAUCAGUUGAACAGCA